UAAACAAACCCACGUCAAACCUUCACGUUCCUACGCUCUGUUUGACCCGCUACGAGACAACCACCGCGCGCCUUUCGCCCUCCCAUCCACUAUAUAUACUCGUCCUCGCCGCCGAACAUAGGCGUUUGAUUGAGUGCGCGCGCCAAUGGAGGUGGCGGAGACAGGGAAGGGCAAGACAGGGUCGUCUGCGGCGGCGACGUCUUCUUCCUCGUCCGCUUCGAACUCCCGGUGGAAUCCAACCAAGGAGCAGAUCUCGCUGCUGGAGGGGCUGUACAAGCAGGGCGUGCGCACACCGAGCGCCGACCAGAUUCAGCAGAUCACCGGGAAGCUGAGAGAGUACGGCAGCAUCGAGGGGAAGAACGUGUUCUACUGGUUCCAGAAUCACAAGGCGAGGCAGCGCCAGAAGCAGAAGCAGAAGCAAGAGAGCUUUGCUUACUUCUCCAGGUUUCUCAACCAUCACCACCACCACCACCUUCCUCUGCCGCCGCUACGGCAGCCCCCAGUCCCCCCUCCGUUUCCCCCGCCCUCAACUUACACCAAUAACAAUGUGGCUUACACUCCGUACUACGCUCACUCUUCGCACGUCGGCGGUGUCGGUCUCCUCCAGCCGCAUUUCCCCGCCGUGUUCCUCCCUGCGUCCGCAGGUCUCCCGAAAGCGUCCUCGUUCCCGGGCUUUGGUUUUGUCGACCACGAGGAAGACGCAUUCAGCCGGAACAGCGCGACUCACCGCCGUGAACACCGCGCCGUGCUCGACGUCGACGGCGGCGGCCAGACGCAGGAGACGCUGCAACUCUUCCCGUUGCACCCGACCGGGUUUUCGGAGGAGCGGCUCCAAUCCGGAGGCGGCACUCCGACUCCGGCGACGGAGGAGGAGGGCGCAGCACCGCCGGCCGACGAGCCAAACUUUGUUUGGGUUCACGGGAAGUAG